AUGGCUGAAAUAGACGUUGUCGACUCUGCGGAGUCUGUAUCCAUAUCUGCAGAACCCACUCAGCCAGACCAGCUAAUCUCCAACGAGGAGACUGCCCUCACGACUCAAUCCGCCCCCGCGGAUACUGAAGCAGACGCUGGGCAGAAAAAAAAGAAGAUAAUCCGACGAAAGCGACGACCAGCCCGGCCACAAGUCGACCCGGCCACGAUCAAGUCCGAACCACCUCCACAGACGGGGACAACGUUCAAUAUUUGGUACAACAAAUGGUCCGGGGGCGAUAGGGAGGACUCCAUAUUGUCGAAACAUGCGGCGCCGUCGCGGUGCAAUAUAGCGGAAGACAGUGGCUAUACACGGGCCGAUAAGGUGACCGGCUCAUAUUUCUGUCUCUUCUUUGCGCGAGGUAUCUGCCACAAGGGUCAUGAAUGCGAAUAUCUGCAUCGCCUACCCACGUUGCAUGACAUCUUCAAUCCGAACGUUGAUUGUUUCGGACGCGACAAGUUCAGCGACUACCGCGACGAUAUGGGAGGUGUAGGAUCAUUUAUGCGGCAGAAUCGGACGCUCUACGUUGGUCGGAUCCACGUAACGGAUGAUAUCGAAGAGGUGGUAUCGCGACAUUUCGCGGAAUGGGGACAGGUCGAACGGAUCCGAGUUCUGACCUCUCGCGGGGUGGCCUUUGUCACGUAUACGAAUGUCGCGAAUGCUGAGUUCGGGAAGGAAGCAAUGGCGCAUCAGUCUCUCGACCAUAGUGAAAUCUUGAAUGUUCGCUGGGCUACAGUCGACCCGAACCCAUUGGCCCAAAAACGCGAGGCAAGACGACUGGAAGAACAGGCUGCUGAGGCAGUGAGGAGGGCACUACCAGCUGAGUAUGUUGCGGAGCUUGAAGGUCGGGAUCCAGAGGCGCGGAAGAAAAAGAAAAUUGAAGGUAGCUUCGGACUACAAGGAUACGAGGCACCGGACGAUGUGUGGUACACCAGGACGAAGCAGUUGGAGGAUGCCAGGAAGGCUGGCCAGCUGGAGGAGCUAGACCAGCCUCAUAUGAUUGAACCCGCUGCCCCGUCGGCUGAACCUCCAGCACCGGAAGCAGCAGGUGGUGGGAUCUUCUCCAGUUCCACCGUGGCGGCGUUGAAGGGGCUGGCAGGUAGGAAUGUCAUCACCCAGGCCCCUCCUCAGUCCUCCGGGGGUCCAUUGGUGGCUUAUGGGAGUGAUGAUGAAAGUGACUAA